AUGGCAACUUCACUUCUAGGGGAGGAGCCGAGGUUAGGAUCGACUCCUUUAGCCAUGCUAGCUGCAACAUGCAACAAAAUAGGGAGUCCGAGCCCUUCACCCUCCACUAUUUCGGAUAAUUCCUCGUCUUUUGGAAAAGGCUUCCACCCGUGGAAAAGAGCAGCCGCCGCGAGCAGCUGCAGCCUCGGAUCCGGCCUGUCCGGCUUCGGGGUGUCCCGUAACGGAUCCGGCAUCACGGACUCUUUCGGCACCAACAGCUCAAGUGGAUCGAGCGCCUUUUCCCUCACCUCCGGGACCUCGUCAGGUUCACACUUUGGAAACGAUUACUCUGUUUUCCAGGCUUCUGUGUCGAGCAGCUCUCAGGAGUCCAGCCACCAGCCUGUCUUCAUCUCAAAGGUGCACACCUCAGUGGACAGUCUGCAGGGCAUCUAUCCGAGGAUGAGCGUGGCGCACCCAUACGAGUCCUGGUUCAAAUCGUCUCAUCCCGGGAUCCCCACAGGAGAGGUCGGCACCACCGGAGCGUCCGCGUGGUGGGAUGUGGGAGCGGGAUGGAUUGACGUUCAGAACCCAAACGGAGCAGCACUACAGACGUCCUUACACUCCGGUGGGCUGCAGACGUCCCUGCACUCUCCUCUGGGCGGAUAUAAUUCUGAUUACUCCACUUUAAGUCACUCUGCGUUCAGCACGAGCCCCUCUCCACACCUGUUGACAACCGGCCAGCACCUGAUGGACGGUUUCAAGCCGGUGUUAUCCUCUUAUCCGGACACGAGCCCCUCUCCGUUAGCCGGAGCAGGGGGGACUAUGCUCUCCGGGGCACCACCUGCGUCUUUAGCGGGGUCUCCGAGGUCAUCCGCCCGCCGGUACUCAGGCAGAGCCACGUGCGACUGUCCUAACUGCCAGGAGGCGGAAAGACUGGGACCGGCGGGCGCGAGCCUCCGGAGGAAAGGUCUCCACAGCUGUCACAUCCCCGGCUGUGGAAAGGUGUACGGAAAAACGUCACACCUCAAGGCGCAUUUGAGGUGGCACACCGGCGAGAGGCCGUUUGUGUGCAACUGGCUCUUUUGCGGAAAGAGGUUCACGCGCUCCGACGAGCUGCAGCGACAUUUACGCACGCACACCGGGGAAAAACGGUUCGCUUGUCCGGUGUGCAACAAGAGAUUCAUGCGGAGCGAUCACCUGAGCAAACACGUAAAGACUCACAGCGCCGGAGGGUCCGCCGGCUCUGGCUCCGGGGGCAGCGGAGGAAAGAGGGGAAGUGAUACCGACAGCGAGCACAGCGCGCCGGGGAGCCCUCCGUGCCAUUCGCCCGACCUGUUGCACCCACCUGAGUCCACCCAGGGAGUGGGCAUGAACGGCCUCUAA